AUGGCCGACGACAAAAAAAACCUGUUACUCUUCUUCGAUCGUCCUACUGAGCCAUGCUUCAUGCAAAAAGGGGAGGAAAAAUCAACUUUUCAGAUACCUGACAACUUUUACCCGGACAAGUACAAGCCUUUGAGUAACACGCUGGCCAAUCGGUUCGGCGCCGACUCAAAAUCUAUACCGGUAUCCGAGAUACCUCUGCCCAAUCUGCAGCUGCCCAUGGAGUUGCCUUACAACGACCAGUUCUCCCUCUUCGUGGAGAAGCACAGGAAGAUGGCGGGGAGACUCAUCGACAUAUUCAUGGGAAUGCGGAACGUUCAAGAUUUGAUUUCAAUUUGUUCAUAUUGCCAGCUACGCAUCAAUCCUUAUAUGUUCAACUACUGUCUGUCUGUCGCGCUUCUACACAGGCCUGACACCAAGGGCUUGGAUAUUCCGACCUUCGCCGAGACCUUUCCUGACAAGUUUAUGGAUCCGAAGGUCUUCCGUCGCGCCCGCGAGGUCAGCAACGUCGUCACAACUGGCGUGAGGAUGCCCAUCACCAUCCCGCAAAACUACACCGCCGCGGACUCUGAGCCUGAGCAGCGAGUCGCCUACUUCCGUGAGGACCUUGGCAUCAACCUCCACCAUUGGCACUGGCACCUGGUGUACCCGUUCGACGCGGCAGACCGCGCCGUGGUUAACAAAGACCGCCGCGGGGAGCUGUUCUACUACAUGCACCAGCAGAUCAUCGCCAGAUAUACCGCGGAGCGUUUCUGCAACAACUUGGGCAGGAUUAACCGCUACAGAAAUUUCCGUGAGCCAAUCGAGGAGGGUUACUUCCCCAAGCUGGAUUCCCAGGUCGCAAGUCGCGCUUGGCCACCGAGAUUUUCCGGCUCCACGAUCCGAGAUUUGGACAGACCGGUGGAUCAGAUCAGGAGUGAUAUCACCGAGCUCGAGACCUGGAGAGAUCGCUUCCUGCAAGCUAUCGAAAGCAAUUCCAUAGUAUUACCCAACGGCAGCCAGAUGCAGUUGGACGAGGCGACAGGCAUUGACGUGCUGGGCAACCUGAUGGAGUCGUCCGUCAUCAGCCGCAAUCGCGUCUACUACGGGGACUUGCAUAACAUGGGCCACGUCUUCAUCUCCUUCUCGCACGACCCCGACCAUCGUAACUUGGAAUCAUUUGGAGUCAUGGGCGACUCGGCGACGGCUAUGCGCGAUCCAGUGUUCUACCGCUGGCACUCCUACAUCGACGACAUUUUCAACAUUUACAAGAGCAAGCUGCCCGUAUAUGGAGAUGACCGGCUGGACUUCCCGGGCAUCCGCGUGUCGUCCGUCAGCGUCGAGGGCGGUGCCGGCGCGAACACGUUCGCAACGCAGUGGGAGCAGAGCACGGUGGACCUGAGCCGCGGCGUCGACUUCACUCCUCGCGGCAGCGUGUUGGCCCGCUUCACCCACCUGCAGCACGACGCGUUCAGCUACGUUAUCGAAGUGAACAACACCAGCGGCCGGGCCGCCACGGGCACCGUUCGGAUAUUUAUGGCGCCGACCCUGGACGAGAACGGCAGCCCGCUCAGCUUCGAGGACCAGAGGAGGCUCAUGAUUGAGCUGGACAAGUUCACACAGCCCCUGAGCGCGGGGAACAACACCGUGCGCCGUCGCAGCGUCGACUCGUCCGUGACGAUCCCUUACGAGCGCACGUUCCGCGGCCAGGGGGCCAGGCCCGGCGACCCGGGCUCCGCGGCCGCCGCCGAGUUCGACUUCUGCGGCUGCGGCUGGCCCCACCACAUGCUCAUACCGAAGGGCACCACCACCGGCUACCCGGUGGUGCUGUUCGCUAUGGUCACCAACUGGGACGAGGAUAAGGUUGAACAAGACUUGGUAGGUGCUUGCAACGACGCUGCGUCUUACUGCGGAAUUCGCAACCGACGCUACCCGGACAAACGGCCCAUGGGAUUCCCCUUCGACCGUCCCGCUGGACCCGGUGUUGCCAUUCUCUCGGACUUCCUGAAGCCCAACAUGGCGAUUAGGGAGUGCACUAUCCGCUUCACAGACGCGACCAGGCUGCGUGCUCAGCAGGGAUCAAAUAAAAUGAGGACGAAACCAUGUGGAUGCCGGGACGAGUAUACCGCAAAGGACAUAGACGCUAUUAUACGAAAGCCAUAUUAUUACCAAAAGUUACCAAACAAUGGAGGAAUCAUCGACCGUUCAAAUUGUUUACUUUCCAAUUUGGAAAACGUCAUAGAUUCAAACGACAACUCUGCAAGUUCGAAUGGAAAAAGC